AUGGCUGGCACUAUGAGAGCAGUUGAAAUCAAAGGCGGCAAAGGCGAGCUCGACGCCCUGUACAUCAGCCCCGAGGCGCGCAAGCCCGUGCCGGCGGAAGGCCAGGUCAUUGUCAAGAUCCGCGCCUUCGGCAUCAACCGCAUGGACAUCAUCCAGCGCCGCGGCAACUACCCGCUGCCGCCACAGGCGCCCGCGACGCUCGGCGUCGAGUUCUCCGGCGUGGUCGAGUCCUUCGGGCCCGGCGACCACGGCGACUUCUGUGUCGGCGACGAGGUCUUUGGCCUGGCCUACGGCGGCGCGUACGCCGAGUUCAUCGCCGUGAGCUCCAAGAUGCUCCUGCACAAGCCGGCGCACCUCACCUUUGAGCAGGCCGCCGCGCUGCCCGAGGCGUGGAUCACCGCCACGCAGGCGCUGCACGCCGUCCUGGGCUUCGCGGCGGGCAAGUCGAUCCUGUGGCACGCGGGCGCCUCGGGCGUGUCCACGGCCGGCAUCCAGCUGUCGCGGCUGGCCGGCGCCUCGGCCGUCUACGCGACGGCGGGCUCCGACGACAAGUGCCGGUACGUGGUGGACACGGUCGGCGCGACGGCCGCCUUCAACUACAAGACGCAGGACUGGGCCGACGAGGUCAAGAAGGUGACGGGCGGCAAGGGCGUCGACUACAUCGUCGACUUUGUCGGCGGCAGCUACUUCAGCAAGAACCUGGACGUGGCGGCGCGCGACGGCCGCAUCGUCAUGCUGGGCACGCUGGGCGGCGCGCAGGCUCCGGACGUCAACGUCGGCGCCAUCCUCUACAAGCGGCUGCGCAUCGAGGGCAGCACGCUGCGCAGCCGCGACGUCGAGUACCAGGGGAAGCUGCGCGACCGCCUAGAGCAGUACCUGCCCGAUUUUGACUCGGGCAAGCUCAAGAUUGUGAUUGACACGGUGCUGCCGUGGGAGCAGAUCCAGGACGCGCACCGUCAUAUGGAAGAGGGUAAGAACUCGGGUAAGAUUGUGUGCACGAUUGGUCUCUGA